AUGGCCCUAAUCUACUACAUGACCAACUAUGCGACGAAGGUAGAGGACCCCGUGUGGAAGCGUGUGGCCGCCGCGGCCGAGUUCCUUCCCGCGCUAGAGCCGACGGGAGAGGGCAACGGAAGUGGCGCCGACCGCGACGCCGGCCGAGGGGGCGGGGCCGAAGGGGUGGCGACGGCGGCGGACCCCAUAGGGGGGAACAAGACGAGAACGUUCCUGCUCAAGGCGGCGAACCGAGAUUGCUCCAUCAGGGACAAACUGCUGCUCUUUGAUGAUAUAACUGUGCCGGAGACGCCGCAGCUUUAA